UUUGCUAAACUUUAUAGAGUAAAGUUUUCCUUUUUUACGAGUUGUAAAUUUAAAUCAGAAGCUGAAAAUUAUCAGUGUUUACAAUCACAAACACCGUCAGAUUGUUACAGAAUAAUGUCUUCCAUGUGUGUGAAGAGUGGAAAGAUUGACAAGUUUGCGGCUCAGAUGAAGUUGGGCUUGUUCAGUAAGGAGUUUGCAGAUGUCAAGUUUGUGGUGGGCGAUCAGAAAAAGAUCAUCUACGGGCACAGGAUCAUCAUCGGACUCCGGUGCGCCUUGCUGCAGAAACUGUUCCAAGAAUCAGCCGCACGUCCUGAAGUGCCUAUAGUGCUGUCAGAUGUCAACCCGGAGACCUUCCAGCAGAUGUUAGACUUCAUGUACACAAACACUGUUCAGAUCAGCCAGAACUCGGCUAUGGAUUUAUUGGGAACAGCAAUUGAGUAUGGACUGCAAGAUCUGCAAGCAGUCGUGUGUGAACACAUAACUGAGAACUUGGACACUGAGUUCGCAGCCACAGCUCUCCACGCAGCUGUCUACUUCGAAGUAUCCCAUCUAGAACAGCAUUGCCUCUCAUUCAUAGCUGACAAUGCCAAUGAAUUCUUAGAGAGUAAGAGCUACUUGGAGAUGGGCGAACAGGCUUUUAUUAAGGCAAUGGACUGUGACGACCUCAACGUGGAUGAAACCGAAAUCAACAAAGCCAUCUUUGAAUGGGGCAAAAAUGGGGCAGUAAAAUCAGGAACCCCCCUCAAGCUCAUAGUUUCCAGGGUGGUCCUCAAAUUACGAAUUGCCAUAUUUGACGUGGAAAAUUUAGAAAGAAUCGAGAAAUUCAGUGAGGCGGAAGGAGACUAUAUUCCUCCAGAAAUGUUCCAGUUUGCCUGGAAGUUCCACGCCCAAAUCAAAAAUGGGAGAUCAGUGCCGGUCGAGGGGAAAAAGUGGGCGACUUUGAGAAAGGGGACAAAACCGUUGGAGCAUCAUCAGUACUUGAAUCCUUAUAUUGACUAGACAUUUCGUUUUGAACACUUCUAUUAAAAAUCGAUA